AUGAUCCGCGCCACCCGUUGUAUUCCCGGUCACUUUAGGCGGCUUUGUACCCACGAACAAAGUCUUAGCAACAUCUAUGGAAGUCUGCUGAAAGAAGCGCCUUUUAAAGGCUUUGUGGUAAAAAAGAAUCUAGAUAAAGAGGUGACACCUUAUGACUUUUCUGCAUUCAUCUUAGAAGGUUUGGCCGACAAAGGAGACCUUGACUUGAAUCGCAACCUUAUUCACAAUCGGCUUAUAGAGUCUUUAACUGCUCAUGAUUUUGCCGUGGGAUCUAUAAAUGCAAGAGAACUACGCAGAGUUGGUGGGAAACUUAGUUCCAAAAGUUUCAUUGAGAUCAUAAGAAGUAAUCCCGGUAGAGUUCAGAGCUCAUGGGAAAUUUUAAUCGACAACUGGGGGGUUGCAGUUAAAUCGCAGGAAGCUUUAAUUGCUGUAUUCGAAAAGCUUUUAAUGUUCGACUCCGCCGAUAUUGCAGAUGGGAAGACCGAUCUGACGCGAGGCGACAUAACAAAAUGCAUCUUUCUGGCAAGCUUAAUUGGGAACAAAAAUGUAAUCAAAGAAACUCAGUGGGAAACGCUUCUACGAGCGUGCAUCUAUACAAGGACUUCCAUCUUGAUACCUUUUAUUCUAAGCAACUAUAAACCCUCCGCUACAUUACUAAAGGAGGACAAUCUCAAAAUCACAAAGUACCAGACUUAUCAAAUCUUUCACAGGGAUCCUGAUGCGCUCUUCAACGAAGACGUCGAGUCUUUCAAAAAGGUCCUUAGCAUGCUUGGCCAAAAUAAUAUGAUUGAACUAACGGACGAGGAACUCGAAGUGGCCCAGCAGGUACAAGCCGAUCUAAAGCAUAUGAGUCAGAUUAGCAGAAAGAGUUUUUUGAUACCCCCUCCCGAAAAGUUGGUCUCUGACAGCGCUUUCGAUGAUUAUUUGGCCGUGAUCGAGAACUCCACAAGUAGUUCUGUUGCAGUCAAUGAGCUACGAGAAAUCGCCAUCCGCAGCCUAGGGAUUUACAGAGGUGAUAUGAGCAAGGCAAAGUGUUUCUUUGAAAAGGUAGAAACUUCAAAGGCGAAGUUCAACUACGCAAUGUUUCUCGUUCAUGCCUUCAACAGCGUAAAAAAGGCAAACAAGAAACUUUUGAUCGACGUUGAAAAUCUCGCUCCUAAAGAUUGCUCUCCCGGAUUAUCGCUGAGCGUAAAGAGGGGCCUUGUCGCUGCUUAUUCUAGGUUCGAUUUAGAAAAGUCCUUAGAAAUUUUCAACAGCACGAUACAGACGCUAAACAAAAAGCCUCUCGAAAACAGUUUCAUGUCAGAGGCCGCUUUGCUUACCGAAGCUUUGAUUGUAGCGUUCCUGGGUAACAAGGACAGAGAUUUUGCACAAGUGAUACUUGAAAAAGCCACUGAAGAGCAAGUGUUUCCAAGUGCCUCCGCAGUCCAGCAUGUCAAAAAGCAUUUCGCUACAUAUGGAAGUAUGCUUGACGAACCCGAUCUUGAGCAAAAUCUCCAAAGAAUCAUUCUCGACUAUAUAAAGAGUCUAUAA